CGGCCGAGUCGGAUGCGGAGCCGGGUGACAACACAAACCCGACGGCGAUGGGUUCUUAGCCCCCUGUUUUAGCACCAACCGUGCCAGCACCACCUCGUCACCCGAACUACCUACCUUAGGUAUCUUAUCCGUCCGAUCGCUUUCUUUGCUGGCCCUACCAUCUGCAGCCAUGGCACAGCAGCCAUCUCUCAGCUCCAACAAUCCAUUUCGUCGCAAAGACCCCGGCCUUUCUGCGCCCGCUGCCCCACCUGCGGGCGUCCCAAGGUUCGCCGAAUUCGACGAAACACCGAGUCUGCCGCCUGCUCUCCCACCGGCAGACCUAUUUCGACACCAGUUACAAUCACUUUCCAGCCCUGACCAACCGCCCCCUGCCACGAGCUUUCAAAAACCAAAAGUUGUCAAAAAGGUUCGCGUGCAAUCGCCCCCGCCUUCGUCUCCCGAUUCUCCCGGCAUACCCCAGCGGUUCCCGCCGGUCGACGUAUCCGACGAUGAUAGCAGCAGCAGCGAUGAGACAUACGAACAGAUCGACCCAUUCACAUACCCAUCGUCAACGGGCUCUGCCGACGUGUCCGAUACGGGAGACGAGCCCCAAUCGAUACCAACCCAUCGAACCCCGCCGAACCCGUUUCAGAAAACCUUGAAGGAUUUGGAGGCCGGGGUGACAGAGCCGGAACAGAACUCUGAGACGGCAUCAGGAACGAAAGGCGGACUGGAUGUUGGCGCGUUCGGCCGGUUGCUGCUGACGGGCCAAGCUGCUGGAAGCACAGGCCCAUCGCAGGCGACUGCACCAUACGCCCAGCACAAUAGGCACCCACCAAUACCGAGCGGCGACGGCGCAAGCACAGCGGAUACCUCUUCUGCAUCGCGCCAAUCCAUAUCCGAUACGCUCCAGGCUGUUCAGGAAACGCCACAGACCUCCCGCGAGACAUCAGAGCACGGAGGGGAGGAUGACCGGGGCGGCUUGGUUAGCAAUGCGCCCGCAGCUUUACAACCGGCUCCGGCCAUCGUGAAGAAGAAGCCGCCGCCGCCGAGUUCGCGACAUGGGAAGCUGAUCAAGCCCGGAUCGGCCGGGGAGGCAAAAGGGACACCGGGCGGAGCACCGCCCCCGUCACCCGGCCCCAACCAUGGAGCUGCUACCCUGCCACCGGUAUCUCCAUCGAAGGCGCGACCCGUUACCCCAUCCGGCGUUAACAAGCCUCUUCCCCUGGCUCCGAAGAGGUCGCCCGCAGAGGAGGACGCUGAGAGCGUGUUUGACCGCGAAGCAGCUGGCAAGACGCCGGAACCAGAGGUACAACCCGGGCUCAACAUUGUCAUGCCUCCGAGGCCACCAACGCCCCCGAACGUAUCACACGCAACGUCAAAUGCUGUGGCCACAGCAGCGCAGCCAGUUAGGAAGCCGGCGCCUCCCCCAAGGCGUCAGCCUCACGGCCGGUCAGACAGCAGGGGGAUCUCGGGCGCAGCAUCAGCAGCCCAGCAUGACGAAACAGAGUUCUCGCAUAGACGAUCCUCAGUCGACUCGACAAGGUCGCGCUCCUCUAGUCUGCGCGUCAGCAUCCACGCCCCAGCCCCCCCUCCGCCACGUCGGCCCAGUCACCACUCCCGCGGUUCCAGCUCGCACGGCAUGCCACCGCCUGGCGCACCACCCGUCGAUGCCGCCGCCGAACCCUCCCCACUCUCCGGCCCUAUCGUAGCCUCUCCUCCCCAAAUAACAAGCGACCCAUCCAGCAGCAACAGCACCCCCAGGUCAACCACCCCCGCCCCGGCAUCAACCUCAACCCCAUCCCCGGCCGGGGCCGGGCCACCUGUCCCAGUCCCGGCCGCGAUAGCCAAACUCGCCCCGCCGCCCCCGCCCCCGGCACGCAACACCUCGGUCCGCGGGAAGAGGCCGGCGAGGACGACGCUGCCUACCCCGCCGCGGGACGCGGGCGUGCUCCCGAGGAGGUCGAGCGGAGGCGGGAACCGCGCGGGCAAGGAGCCGCCGCCGCCGCCGACGAGACAUCGGGACCGGGGGUCGAGUCAUGGGAGUGCGGACGGUGGUGGUGGUGGUGGUGGUGGUGGUGGAGACCGUGGUGGGUUGGGUGGUACUGGAGGUGGUGGUGGUGGUGCCGUUGGAGAUCGUGGUGGGUUGGGUGACCCGGGGGAUGCGUCGCAUGGUGUGGGGGAUAUACUGGCGGAUUUGGAUGCGUUGCAGAGGGAGGUGGAUGCUUUGAGAGGGCAGGUUGGGAGGGAGUGAGUGAGGUGGGGUGGGUGGGGAUGAGUGAGGUUAGGAGGGUAUGAGUGAAGUUGGGAGGGGAUGAGUGAGGUUGGAAGGAUGAGUGAGGUUGGAUGGAGUAGAGGGAAUGCUCUUUGGUGAUCGAGGUGGUGGGGUGGAAGGGGGUGUUCAAGCAUUGUCGGAAUAGGGUUGGGCGUUUUCAACGGGGAUGGAAAAGUGGACGGUGAAGA